AUGACUUCACCCACCAAAGUCAACCACGAUGUAGUCAUCGUCGGCGCCGGCCUCUCCGGCAUCAACACGGCCUACCGGCUACAGACCGACCUUCCCGGCAAGUCGUACACCAUCCUCGAAGGCCGGGACAACCUAGGCGGCACGUGGGACCUAUUCCGCUACCCGGGCAUCCGCAGCGACAGCGACCUGUAUUCCUUCGGCUUCUCGUGGCGGCCGUGGGAAUCCAAGGAGCCCAUCGCCAAGGCGGAGGCCAUCCUAGAGUACCUCGAAGAGAGCGCCAAGGAGGCCGGCAUCGACAAGCACAUCCAGUACGGGCGGCGUGUAACGGAAGCCAACUGGAACUCCGACCAGGCCCUGUGGCACCUCACCGUCGUCUCCGGCGCCGGAGGCAAGACGGUCCCCGCCGAAACCAUCACGUGUCGCUGGAUCAUCCUAGGCACGGGCUACUACAACUACGAAGAGGCCCUCCCCGCCGACAUCCCCGGCAUCGACAAGUUCCAAGGCACCCUCAUACACCCUCAGUUCUGGCCCGAGGACCUCGACUACGCCGACAAGAACAUCGUCAUCAUCGGCUCCGGCGCCACCGCCGUGACGUUGCUUCCCGCGCUCGCCGAAAAAGCCGCCCACGUCACCAUGCUGCAGCGGACACCCAGCUACUUCAUCACGGUGGCCAUGCUCCUCUUUAAGCUGUCGCGCCAGUUCCCCGGUGUCGUGCGCCGGUAUCUGCUCGGCCAGACGGAGAAGCAACUACCUCCAAACAUCCCCGUGGACCCCCACUUUACCCCACCUUACAACCCCUGGGAGCAGCGCCUCUGCACCUGUCCGGCCGGCGACUUCUACAAGGCGCUGUCGGACGGCAGAGGCGGCGUCGUCACCGGCCACAUCGAGGCCGUGGACGAGGGGAGCAUCCGCGUAAAGAAGCACGACGACGGGGACGAGAUAUUACGUCCCGACAUCAUCAUCACGGCCACGGGGCUCAAGAUCCAGAUCGCGGGCGGGAUCCGCUUCUCCGUCGACGGCGACCCGUUCAACCCGUCCGAGCACUUCAUCUGGCGCGGCGUCAUGCUGCAGAACCUCCCCAACCUGGCGUACAUCAUCGGCUACACCAACGCGAGCUGGACCCUCGGCGCCGACGUCAACGCCACGAUAAUCGCGCGCAUCAUCAAGAACAUGGACGCCAAGGGCGCGAGGGCCGUCCUGCCCGUCACCGAGGCCGAUAUGCCGAGGCAACCGCUGCUCAACCUCAAUAGCACGUACAUUCACCGCGCGAGCACCGUUCUUCCCGCGACAGGCGACCGGGGUCCGUGGAAGCCGCGCAACGACUACAUGGUGGACUUUUGGGCUUCGAAAUUCGCGAGCAUCGAGACGGAUUUGAUUCGAUUCCAGCUGGAAGUCACGCGUCACUACCUCUUCCGCCGCCUACGCCAGCUCGGCGUCGGCGCCGUCCACGGCGUACCGGGCGACUACAACCUCACCCUCCUCGACUACGUAGAGCCCGCCGGCCUCCUGUGGGUCGGCAACGCCAACGAGCUCAACGCCGCCUACGCCACCGACGCCUACGCCCGCAUCAAGGGCAUCGGCGCCCUCGUCACCACCUUUGGCGUCGGCGAGCUCUCCGCCAUCAACGCCAUCGCCGGCGCCUACACCGAGCGCGCGCCCCUCGUGCACAUUGUCGGCAUCCCCGCGCGCGCCUCGCAUGACGGCCGCCUGCUGAUUCACCAUACCUUCAACGACGGCGAGUACGGCCGCUUCGCGCGCAUGCACGAGCACGUCACCGUCGCGCAGACCCGGCUGUGGGAUCCCCGCACGAGUCAGGACCAGAUCGACGAGGUCCUGCGCCAGUGCCUCUUGCACAGCCGGCCCGUCUAUCUCGAGAUUCCCGUCGACCUCGUUCCCGUCCCCGUGAGCGCGGAGAGGCUCGACCGGCCCCUUGACCUUUCUUACACGACCCCGGUCCCCGCGCUCGAAGAGGUGCUCGGAAAGAUUCUCGAUAGGCUAUACACCGCCAAGCAGCCCGUGAUCCUGGUCGACGGCGAGACUCGCCCGCUAGGAAUACUAGAGGAGGUACAGAGGCUCUCUGAAACCUCAAAGUGGCCCACCUUUGUCUCGGCGUUCGGCAAGGGCCUCCUCGACGAAACCCUACCCAAUUUCCACGGCGUAUACAAGGGCCAGUUCGGCGAACCCGCCGUCAAGUCCUUCAUCGACGGCGCCGACGUCGUACUGUGCUUCGGGCCCCACUACAGCUCAACCAACUCGUUCGCGUACACCAGCAUCCCGAAACCCGAAAUCACCAUCUCCUUCUCCGAUACCAACGUGCGCGUGGGCGACGAGCUCUACCGCGACAUCCCCGCCAAGCUCAUCGUCUCCCGCCUCGUCCACGACCUAGACCUGACCAAGACCACGCGCUACGACCCGUACCCUUCGGACCUACCCCACGACUACAAGCUACCUCUCUCCGACGCCACCGGCACCGCCGCCUACGGCGUCCGCGAGAUGCCCCUCCCCAAACACACCCGCUUCUUCACCGCCGUCACCUGGCUCUCCAUCGGCUACAUGCUACCCGGCGCCCAGGGCGCCGCCCUCGCCCAGCGAGAGCUGAGCGAAGCCUCGUCCUGGCUCGGUGGCGAAAAGCCGCGCACCGUCCUCUUCAUCGGCGACGGCAGCUUCCAGAUGACGGCCCAGGAGCUCGCCACCAUGAUCCGCCACGACCUCGACGUCGUCGUCUUCCUCAUCAACAACGACGGCUACACCAUCGAGCGGUGCAUCCACGGCCGCGCCCAGGGCUACAACGACGUGUCGCGGUGGCGGUACCUCGAGGCCCCGUCCUUCUUCGGCGCCAAGGAGGGCACGUAUACCGCGGCGGCGAGGACGGGGCUCAAGAUGGUGGAGCUGUUCGUGGAGAAGGAAGAUGCGCCCAAGGGACCUCUACUCCAUCUCCUCGACGUGCAGAAAGCGCGCGAUGAGAAAGCAUCUGCGUAG